GCCAUUCAUGAGAAGGAGCUGCAAGGCAGGGUACUAUGGAAAAGCGGUCCUAAUCAACGCGGUGUUGGGCUGCACGUCUUGAUUGACGUCACGGGCGGACGCGGGCUGGGAUGGCGGGAUGGCGGGAUGGCGGGACGCGACUUGCCAUGGGCGAAACAUUGUUGAUACUCCCGAAAAUAGUCGAUGUGCUGGCCACAUUGAUACACAUAGCCCUACACACGCCUCACGCCUCCUCUUCUGCAUUUAUCCUACCUGCGAUAAAUUUCAUCCUACUUUUCCAUUGUUCAAUCGCGGCUGUGGAUAUUUGUACACCUGAUCAACAACGAAAUCAUGUCGAUAGUAUCGCAGACCCUGCAGGGCGCAGUGCUCAGCAUAACUUCGAAUGUGCUUGCGCAAGCCAUAUCGUCGUAUCAAGACGGCACGCCUUUUGCGCUCAAUUAUGCCACAGUCUUCAAGUUCGCGCUCUUCAGCGUACUCAGCACCCCGCCAAACAUUGUCUGGCAAGGCUACCUAGAAGAGCAAUUUCCUACCAAUGUGCCCUCUGCUGCUCUACCGUCCGAGAAGCCAGGCUCGAAAUCCGAUCCCGCCAAGACGUCCCUCAACAAGACCAACGUCCUUAUCAAGUUCCUGCUUGAUCAGACCAUCGGCGCAGUCGUCAACACACUCAUGUUUUUGGCAUAUAUGGGUUAUGUCAAUGCGCAGGGGAAACCUGGCGUCAACGCCAUGGACGUGGUUACGAGCGACUGCGCGAACAAGCUAUGGCCAAUGAUGAAGGACGGAUACAAGUUUUGGCCUGCGAUAAGCCUUAUCAGCUUCCUGUGGGUGCCAGUAGACAAGAGGGUCCUCUUUGGCUGCUCUGUGGGUGUCGUGUGGGGCAUAUACUUGAGUCUGGCAGUGGGCGCAUAGAUGCGCGGGCGAAACAAGCGACGCGCUGUGGUCGUGGGCGUCUUGAGCGUGAUAUGUCCCUUCGGUGCAGCUGUUGUUUCAGAGUGCUGAGGGCGCUGACGCGCUCAAAUUACGAAAGAAUAAAGGUUCGGUUUCACUGAUCUGUAUCUCUCAACAGAAAAACCUAUUUCAUAACCUAGAGGUAUUCGCUAUUUGUUACAUGAUCCUGUCGUCAUCUUGAGACACGACGAAUGCCUGUAAGGUGCUUUCGGUGGUAGAUACAACUGUCGAAAAAUCGAGCCUUUUCGUGCUGAGUGGCUCAUCCAAUCGCCGGUUCUCAGCCGUCAAUCUUUUCCACAA